CUCGUCGCCAAGGAUACGGUGCGUUUCGUUUCGUCGUUGUUUCUCGUCUUUGCCGUUAGCGCCAGCACUUUUCGCUAUAAUUUCGUGCUAUUUUUGUUGUUUUUGUUAUUGCGCAUUUAUUCGACUUUAGUUUUUCGUUUGUUGUUGUUGUAUGUGAAAUAUUCGAUUUUUCGUUCGCAAGUUGGGAAAUUAGUUAGGCGCCACCAAUCCGACACGCAGUCAUUAUUAACUUCGCGUAGUCUUAGUUACCGAAAGGCCAAAUCAAAACGCCGCACAUACACAUACAAAAUACCAACUGCUACACGAAUUGCCGGUAUAGGAAAAUUGUACGAAAAAAAGCGAAAAAAUUUGAAUUACCGUUAUAGGCGGCCAAAAUGUAGGCAUAUUUCGUGGCUUUAGUGGCAGACCCAAUUGAUAUGUAUAUAUGUAUAUACAGCUACAUAUGAGUAGUAACGGAAGUCAUAGUAGCAGCGAUAAGCCAACGCCACACCCACUCAUAUGUCAUUGCCGACAGCGCUGCUUUAAACGCUCAGUGCGAAAGCGCUGACAAUAAGAAAAUUGAGCGAAAAAUUCAGCAUUUCACCGAUCCUGUUCAGGCGCAGCGGACGGCGCUGGCUGAAAGUAAGUCACAGGCCAAUAGCAGCAAAUCUAACAUUGCGCAUAUACACUCUUACACUUACACACAUACAUAGAUACACAUUCACCAUAUACACCUAGACACCUAUGUAUAUAGCCACCUAUAUACAUACACAUACAUAUACUGCUAUGCAUUUUGCUAUAACUCCAAACGAACGUUAGCAGGGUUUUGCUGCGCUGCCACGACGUCAACGGAAAUUACACACACAACAAUAGCGUACUGCUGAAAUAAUAUCAACAGCAACAAAAUUACUUAUAACAACAAAUACUUGCAGCAUUAUAUGAUUUUUUAUUUGACUGCCUUUCUUUCUUUUUCUUGUUUUUUUCUUACCUUUACACCUUGCUUCCGCGCCUGACUGCCUGCUUUCUAGCGCUAACGUUCGUCCGCUUCCGGUUAGCGGCUCAAAUUCUGUUCCGAUUCCUGACACAACUACAACUACACGCAUAUACGAGUAUAGCAGCACUGUUUCAUUGCCAGCGCGUUCCGUACUUGCCUAAUUGGCAGUACAUACUCAUGCAAGCAACAACAAAAUACAAUACAAACAACAACAAAAUACAGAACUAGGGACGAAAACGGCGGUGCGACUGCAAAGGAAGCGAAAAUCCUCCCUCGUUCGCGCUGUAGUCACAGUGCUAGCAGUUAGCCAGCCAGCGAGUCGGCCUAGCCUAGCCGGGUCAUGCAUUUCGAAUUCAGUUAGUCAGUUUAACGCAUACGCUCGCAGGGCUAACAUGUAGUCCUGCGCCUACAACGCAACGUUCAACGAUCAACAGUUUUGUUUUAAUUUUGCUUUCUUUUCGCUGUUCAUGUUUUAAGUAAAAUUUAUUAUCAUUUUGUGUUAUAAGCAGUGACUCUUAUUUGUGGCGAAGUGGCAGUGUGAAAUAUUACAAGUACGCGGAGAAAACUUUUUUAUUUAUUUAUUAAAUUUGUUUUUGAAGGCGGCAUACUUUUUAAAUUCAUACGUUAUAAAAUAAAAAGCUGUGGAAAAGCGCAUUUUUGGGUUCAUCUUAAUUUUUGGGUGCUUUUUUGAGUACACUGUAUCAUAUCUUUUCCUAUGGCUGCCCAACAGAACUCCACGCUCAUCUACGAUAAUUUGGAUGAGUGUCCUUCAUUGCUAAAAGAACCCGAAGAACUGAGCAGUUAUAGCCCGAUCUUACCUUUGAAAAAUCAAAAUAAUGCCAUUAAACAGCAAUUGAAACAAGCGGAUAACAACAACAAUAAUAAUGACAAUAAAAAUUCAAACAUUAAAGAGUUCCAUAAAUAUCGGAAAUACACGAAGGGUCGUCAGCACGGAAAUUAUGCAGCGAGCAGCUGCAGCACGAAGAGCAGCCGAAGUCGCACGAUAUCUUUGAGUGGGGUCAAUAGUACUGAGGAGCAAGGCCACAAGGAGAUACCCAUUUGGCUGGGCGAGGAACCACGUUACGUGUCCGGCGUAAAUAAGCGCACCACCUGCAAUGAUAUUAUUAAAGCUUUGAUUGAUGAUGAAAUCCGUAAUGGCGGCAAUCACGAUUAUUUUGCCAAUUGCAACAAAUCUGGCGCAGCAUCGCGUGACUACAACGAUUAUGUUAUAACGGAAAGUUGGCGCGGUAUCGAGCGCAGCUACGAUGGCAACAUGGCAAUUUUGCCCGUUUGGAAGGCCUGGAGUCGUGUGCACAAUGAGAUCCGGCUUAGCCUCAAGCACCACAAAGACGUCGCAGAACCAGCGCCGCCAAAACCAAGCACUAACUGGUUCCAGACUCUGCGAAAGUACUUUGCCAAACUAUUGAAAUUCCCAAAACGAAAUAAUAAAAUGCUGCCACCUGCUUUAAACAAGCCACAAAAUAUACUUUUACCCAUCAAAGAGGAAGAAAGCCCCGAUGAAAUCAUCUUCGUUCUAUUACCCGAUAAGAAAUAUGACAAUUCAUCGACGUCGCCGAAAAGCAGCAUUCCCUUACAAUCCGCCAGCAAUACACACGAUCCUGUUACAAAAGCUGAGAUGCUAAAAAGAAAGCUCUACAGCCUAUCCGAGACGCGCGUGUCCAUGCGUCGCAAACGACGCGGCAACAAAACGCCUAAGCGCAAAAAUCCGCAACCGCGCGAAAAACUGCCAAAUCAAAUACACGAAGUGACAAAUAACUGUAUACGCCGACGCAAAGAUGCACCCUUACGGCAUUCCCUACGACACAAGUUGGCGCAGAAGACCAACGAAAUCGAUACGCUCUACAAACAUGAAUAUGAGCUCACACAGCGUUUGACACACAAGUGUCAACUUCAUAAGCUGCACAACGAGUUGUAUGCCAAGGCGGACCAACAGCUGGAAAUCUCUAUUGGCCAAAUACAACGCAAUGUCGAGCAGUAUGCCGAACAAAUCAUACAAACGGAGCAGGAACUGCGCGAGUUGAAGCAGGAAAUCAAGCAGGACAUAUCGAUUGUGAAUAAUCUCAAGCGCAUGGCUUUAAGUAGUGCGGAGAGCGCCAAUGAUUGCGGUGUACCGCUCAUGCCCAAAUUGGUGGAAGAAGUACAGCAUGAAGUGCAAGCGCCAAAGAGCGUUGUCAAUGCGGAAAUGCAAUUUGUUGACAAUAUUUAUGAGUUCUGUGACAACAAUGCCAGCAUGUUGGUGUAGAUUUGAGCGUUUGAGAGUUGCUUAAACACCCCUUUUAAGAAUCAGUUUGUAAUUGUUAUAAAAUUUAAUUUUAAGCAUUAUUCAAAAUAAGUUGAAUUUUUUCACAUACUGCCAAGUUUUUUUAAGAAAAUAUGGUAACACCGCUUGUGCCUAAAUAAAAAAAGAAUGAAGAAUUUUUUUACUUGCUUCUAAUUACACACAUUCUAAAGUAAAAGUGGCAUAUUUUUAUUAAUCAUAAUUUAUUUUAAAUAAGUUAAACUAAUUUUACAAAAAAAGUGCUACUAACAUGCCGACAAUAUUAGCAUUAAGUCAAAGUAUUAACAAACGAACAUACUACUUGUUACUAUAUAUAUAAUAUAAAAAUAGUUUUAAGUAUUGUGAACUGAUUUUGCAUAAGUUAAAAUAAAAGUUAAUAAAUAAUUUAUAAAAA